AUGGGGCGAAACGUUAGCUUUAGGGAGCCCCUAUCGCAAGAUUUGUCGACAGCAAACACCGAUAGCAUCAACACAAUACCACCAAUACCACUUGAUCUGGGCGAAGAAGACACAGACGGAACUCCAAAAGCGUCUUCCAAGUCGAACAUAGAAACAGUGCUAUUCAAAACGAUAGAAAAUGCAGAGAACGAGUUUCACCGAGCGAUUGGAACUAAGAAUUGGAUAGAACUAGAUCGAUUAUUAGGUGAAGUUGAAUUGAAAAGGGCACAGUCUGCAACCAAAUCGACAGAACCAAAUGGAGGCGAAGAAGAUGCUCCUGAAAACGAUUUAUAUGGACUCGACGAUACAGGGAGAGCUCCUCUUCAUUUAUGCUGUAUGAAUCCAACUCCAGAAGAUUUGCUCUUCCGAACUCUGUCUGCUGCACCUCAUAUCGCAAUGGUUCCAGAUAAGACUGGAUGUUUGCCUCUUCAUUUGGCUAUGAGCAGUGGCCGCGACACAAGAUUCGUUGAAAAGAUAAUAGAAUUUCACAAUGAAGCUUUGUGGACAAGAGAUGCCUCAGGGAACACUCCGAUAACGUUGGGAAUCGAGAAAGCGCGGAAAAGACAACAAGACUUGAAGAUGAAAGUUGACGAGGGCCCCCUCUGGUGUUUUGCAAUAGAGCCAACAAAAGAACAACUGCAGGUAGAAUUAGAAAAAACGUGGCAUCAAGUGGAAGUCCUCUUGGGAAAUCGUCAGAAAGCAAAAGCUCCCUUGUGUGAUCAUGAGCAGUUGUUUGUGAAGGCACUGUUUGAAUCAGCCGCACCGCCAACGACUGUGGAAUUAGCUAUACUCAUGGGAGAGGAAGCACUAAAGAAAGAAGAGAAUGUGCAAUCUUCAAUAAUUUCCUGCAUUUGCGAACAAUAUCCUUCGACUGUUCUUCAAAAGCUGAUCGAAGCAUGUCCACAGGGACUUCCGAAAGUUCAGAAGGAUGUUUCAGGGAGAGGAAUUGUGGCACUCCACUACUCUAUGGGCUCCAAAUUGUACGAUGCAUCUUGGCCAGACCGAUUAUCUUUUCGAGCGAGACUGGAUCGGUCAUCUAAAUCGGAACUUGACGACGUUCCACCCCCUUCGUAUUUGGAAUGGUGGUCAAAGUUGAAAUAUUUGAUUAGGUUGUGGGGCUCUAUUGCUGACGGAUCUGCAUUUGACGGGAGUGAUGAGAAAGAAGAAGGGGAGAGAGAUGACGACAUGUUGCUACUACAUCGGGCACUUUGUAAUCCAGAUUGCCCGCCUUCCUUGAUAAAAAUUCUUGCGAGAAUGAACCCCAAAGCGGCUGCAAUUAUCCAGCCCGUUUCCAACGCACUGCCCAUUCAUCUUGCUUGCAAAACAUGGCGCUAUCGUCAAUUCCCACGUCAUUUCGAUGAGAAGGAGUCGCCGAUGGGGGGCGUGGUGCAGCAGCUUAUGAUUGGGUCUCCAAAGUCAACCAGACGGCGCUACCAAGAUAGACUGCCUCUACAUCAUGCGAUUGUCGCUGGGAAGAAUUCGUCAUUUGUAUCGACUCUUACAGCUGAAGACAAGGAAUCACUACUCAUUCGAGAUCCCAUAACAAGGUUAUAUCCUUAUCAGCUUGCGGCAGUGGACAAUUUCUCCAUGGACAUGAAACAUCUGGUGCGACGGCAGUUUACGACUGCAACGUGGGGUACCUUGAAUGAGAGCCAGAAAGAACGCCACUUGCAGCGCAUAAAUGACUUCUACGAAAUGGAACAGCUGACACUGAUCUUUGAAGUACUGAGAGACGCGCCGAAUGCUAUACGUCAUGAAAUUGCUGUCAACGAUAAGGCUCAAAUACAGAAAGUGGUUCUAGAGAAUGUUCUUGCAAUAACACAAAUGAAAAUGGUUCGUUCUAUGUAUGGGUUGGGCAAUGUGGCCGGUCAUUUCAUUGCCUGGAGUUACGUGAACACAGAGAAUGGAUGGAAAACACACCCAAGGAACUUUGCUGCUAUAAAAAUGUCGAUAAUGGAUGCGUUCAUCUCGACCUCUAUGGAUAAAUGGUGGCGAAAGUUGAAAUUCUGGAUUUGGCACGAUUGUCCAUGGGACAGCAUUCCUCGAAGAGAUGUAUACUUGCUUCACGGUGCUGUGUGCAACUCGGACACCUCUCCCUGGAUCAUUGCAAUGAUUGUUGAGUGCUUUCCAAAGUCGGCAUCACUUUCACUUCCAGGGACAGACUGCUACCCUCUACAUAUUGCCUGCAUGACGGACCGGUACAUUGCGAUGCCAUGGGAAUUCCCUAACAAGCGAACUUCUAUUGAACUCAUUGCUCGUGCCUAUCCUGAGGCGAUAUGCAAGAAAUGGAAAGGGCAGUAUCCAAUACAUCUUGCUCUGGUAAAUUCAAAGGAAUUUGACGAGAUAAAGCACAUGGUUGAUAAAGAAAAGAGACUGAUGUCAACCAAGGAUCCUUCUACUGGUCUCUUUCCAUUUCAACUCAUGGCUGUUGAUCGCGCAUACACAAACCGGCAAAAGCAAAGAUUUGAGAGAACAGUAGUAAAAACGAUUGGGUCUGAUGCGUGGAAAUCCUUAUCAGUCGAAGAAAAAGUGCUUCAAAUGGCCUCGAUUCUACAAAAUCACGAAGCCAGGGUCAUCGAGGGUGUAUGGGAACUAUUGAAGCGCAAUACUGGAGUUUUGACCGAAGUGGAGGGUGACGACUCUAUAAGAUCUUUCGUGAAUAGUGUGCGUCUUUCUCCUCCUCCUCCACUUCCACCUAACAGCCCCUUCAAUGCUGGAAACCGAGGAAGGUUUGUUCCACAAUCGUCAUUUCGGGUCUCCGAUCUGGUGGAGGUUGGAAGUCCCAAUCAAUCCAUGCGAAGAGGCCCUGGGACUCGGAACGCUUCAUUUUUGUCUCGCGAUGAGUCCUUUGCACAGAUGUCAUUUAGAGUCACCGAUUUGAUGGAUGUCAGAAGUCCUGGUCAAACUAGACCAACAAGGUCACAUGCUGGUAGGAUGCCGCCUAUUGGCUCUCGACUGGAUAUGUCGCGGGACGAGUCGUUUGCACAGAUGUCGUUCAGAGUCACUGACAUAGUGGACGACAGAAGUUCUCGCCGACCCGGAUCAAGAUCAUCAGGGAGGUCAACUCUGAUUGGAUCUCGGAUGAAUGCAUCAAUCGAUGAUUCAUUAAGGCUUAACGAUUUGAUGGAUGAUGGCAGUUUCCGUCGACCAGGAUCAAGGUCAUCAGGCAGGUCCACUGUUCUUGGAUCUCGUAUGGGUACACCGCGGGAGGAGUCCUUUGCACAGAUGUCAUUUAAAGUAAUGGAUUUGGUGGAUGAUAAAAGCUCUCAUCAUCGGCCCAUGUCGAAGUUUAUGGCGAGCAAGGCUUCUCUUUUUGGGUCUCAUAUGAAUAUGUCAAGUGACGAUUCAUUUGCGCUUUCGGAUUUGCAAAGUGUGCAUCGCCAGACCGAGUUGAACGCGAGUCAUCACAAAAGUUCGAUAGGGACACUUGAUACUUCAAAUCUGUCACAGGCUAGUCUUAAUUAUCUCGAGGACAUUUUUGAUAGAGAAGCGAUCGGAAACAAAGCUUGGAAAGCCACCGACAUGGGCGUUCUGGGGAGAAUCUCUGAGUUCUCGUUUGAUCUCUCGAAAAUGGGGACGUUCGACAUCGAAAGCAGCACCAAAAGCUUUGCCAGUUCAUCGGCCGUGUCUCUGGAACGCAUCAGAGAGGAACAGGACGAUGGCCUUGACAAGGAGGAGCGUGGUGAAAGCGUGAAUGCUGAAGCUAACGAAAAGUCUUCAUCGCACAAAGAAAAGCAAUCGCUGAACCUUGAUGCAACAAGCGUAAUUCAAGAAGAUGAACUACUCGAAGAGGAACUAAAGUCCAUGUUCGCACAUCAAGAUGCUUCAGGCUCUAUGGCUGAUACAUUGGACAGUGGAGACAGCAUUGAAUCUAUUGCAGAAGUUGUUCAAACUACGGCAGCUAUUAGCGAAAAGCCAUCGGUUUUAUUGGAUGAAAUAGAAGAUGGCAAGGCAACUGUAAUUAUGCCAGGUAAUGCUCGGAGAUUGCAAGGUUUGGAGGGGCAGGUUGAAGACAUACUCAUACACCAAGCGGCUAUAGAGUCCGUGGGUGGAUCCAAGAAAUUUGAGGGGAAGACUGAUGCAGCUGGAGAGAAAGACAUCGUUUUUGUUACAAACGCUUCCGUGUCUAUAGUCUCAAAAGAAAAUUUGCUGCGUGCCAGUAACAAUUUUCAUCAAUUCUCCGAAAACGGGUGGUAUUGCUCAUUUUUUGAGUAUGGUGAAUCAAUUAGCUUUGUCGCUGCUCGAUCGCUACGACUUUCACGAGAGCAAACAUUUGUAAGUUCUGCACUCAUCGAUGGGGCUCCUGCUUACAUUGACGAAGACAACAAGAUGCAUUGGGUUUUGCUUGGAAAAGGAUCUAUUCAAGCAAUUGAAAAAUUCGACAUUGACCAUGUUUUGAAGUCUACAUCAUCAUUGCUUGACGAGGAGACAAAUUCUUGGAUUGACAACUACGUUUCUAGUGAUUUACAAGUUUUCGAAACGGAAAAGCAGGAAUAUAAAAAGAUCCUUGAUUGGCUUGACCAGUCGCUGGGGCGCCUAAAACCCAAAUCACGGAGCAAAAAAUUCGAGAUCACACAGCCCAUGCUUCGUGAAGCCUUUGCGGUUCAGGCUGAAAUUUCUAGCCAAAGCUUGAUUGAAAUUGUAACCCAGAUUUCAAGGCGAAAACUCCUUUUCGAAGUUGCAAAAGAGAAAAUAAAUACCCGCUAUGCCAAGCGGAAAAGAAUCAGAGUUGUAUCCCAGCUUCCCAGGGCCGGUCGAUUCUAUCGAUUGCGACACAGCUUCAUUCAGUCUCAAAAGAGAUCGAAGUUAUUCAAGACUCUGCGACGUAAACAGGAAGGUGGUCAUGACACAACGAUUGAAAUUCAAAGCACCAAUGACUCCAGACAAGAAUGCGAGGCCGCCUCAACUGAGACGGUAAACCACACAAAGGGCAACGAUGCAAUAGCACAUGCGAAUCUGCUUGAGCAGCAACCCAAGUCCGCCAUCAAGCAGCAAGAAUCAUCCAGUGUAGAACAUGCUGAUAGGCCUGAUAAAAGCCAAGAUAAUGCUUAUGACGAAGCUACCGGAGAGGUCCGAGAUCGCUCCGAUGCUGGACCCUCUACGGAGAAUGAAUCCGACGAUUCUAGUCUUUCGUCCACUGAGAUAACUGAACUGGAUGACUUGAAGUCAUUAAAGAUGAAAGGCAAUGGGUAUAACACCAGUCGCUUGACCGAGCUAACAUUGUUUGAAAAGUGGAAGGAAGGGGCGCGAAUGAACCAAAAGCAACGGAUGACCUUGAAAAAUUUCAGAGCGAAACGGAAUGUCGAAAGAACUUACAGACACGAAUUUCAAAUCCUCCUUGAUCAAAAAGAAGCCGGCGAAGCAAUUGACGGGAAUCGGUUAUACUUCUUGGAACUAUACGCUAGACGACUUCUGGGUCAACAGCUGCGCUCUGGUGAGACCGAUUUUCUGCUGAAGGAACAAGCAAAAGACGAAAAGAAACGAGCCAAAGUAGUGAAUGAGGAUACAGACCGAAGAUGGGGAAAACAUCACUAUCUUACCACCGUCGAAGAAAUCAACCAACAAGCCCGCAUACCAAAAUCUUCUAAACAACCGACCGAUGCCUUUGUGAACGAUGUGCAAACGGAGGAAGACCAGAUUCAGUCUAGUGAUAAAUGGAGCAUUGAAGAAACCGUCUAUGGCAUUCACCUUCGCGGCAUGAACCAGCCCACGACGAUGAUGGAAGAUGACGACCAGUCUUUGGGCGCGACUGAUUUGUUUGAUCCUCCAAAGAGUGCGUUGGCAACAUCAAGUCCUUUGUUGGCAGCAGCGAUCAAAGCUCGUGACAGCAUGAAUCAGCCAAAGACGAUCAUUGAAGAGGACGAAAAGUCAUUGGAGUCCAUGAACGCUUUUUAUUCUCCGAAGGGUGUCUUGACAACGUCCAAACCUUUGCUAGCAGCAUCCAUCAAAGCUCGCAAGCAAGCUGACCAGCUGGAAACGAAGCGAAAUGUGACGCUCGGGGAACAUCUGGACGGCAUGAACCAGCCUGCAACGAUCGUUGAAGAGGAUGAGGAGUCGUUGGAUUCAAUGGAUGUUUUUGAUCCUCCAAAGCGUACAUUGGCGAAAACGAAACCAUUGCUGGCAGCAGCGAUCAAGGCUCGUGAACAAGCUGACCAGCUGGAGCGGGAGGAAUCAGCCAAAACAACUCGCACUGCUAAGCCUGGAGAACAUGUGGACGGCAUGGAUCAGCCACAAACGAUAAUGGAAGAAGACGAAGAGUGUUUAGAGUCUACAGAUCUGUUUGAUUCUCCCAAGAGUGGAUUCGCUAAGUCCAAGCCCUUGCUCGAGGCCACAAUAAAAGCUCGCGAGCAAGCUGAAAAGCUAGAACGAAAGGAGGAAACCGAACCUGGCACCUUGGUAAAUGGUCCCCAGGUCGAGGAACAAAGGGCAACGUGGAGCAUUGAAGAAACAGUUUACGGAUUUCAUCUUCGUGACCUGAACCAGCCGGCUAUGAUCGCUGAAGACGACGAAGAUUCUUUAGGCCAGAUGGACUUAUUCGAUGCACCGAAGAGUGGACUGGCAAAAUCCAAGCCCUUGCUUGCCGCCGCAAUCAAAGCAAGGGAACAAGUUGACAAGCUGACACAAGAGGCACAAAGCAAACAAAGCAACGUGGUGAGCGAUACCGAGUCCAAGGAACCAAAUGGGAAGUGGAGUAUUGAAGAAACAGUUUACGGAUUUCAUCUUCGCGACCUGAACCAGCCAAGUAUGAUCACUGAAGAGGACGAAGACUCAUUGGGCUCAACGGAUCUGUUUGAUGCUCCGAAGAGUGGUUUGGCUAAGUCCAAGCCCUUGCUCGCGGCCGCAAUUAAAGCUCGUGAGCAAGCUGACCAGCUGGAACGAGAGGAAAAAACUAAACCAGGCAAAUUAGUCAACGAGUCCCAGUCCAAGGAAUCAAGCAGGAAAGGACGAAGACUCAUUGGGCUCGAUGGAUCUGUUUGA